GAUAACUCAUGGUUCUUUACCUGUAAUUUAGAAUUUGAUUUUAGGGUUCAAGAAAAUACAACAUAAAUGAUACUAAUUCAAAAGGAUCCAGUUAUCAUAUUGGAGGAAAGUAUGAGAAAACAUCAAGAACUAUCACUUGUAGGGCCAGGAAGACAUCAGAUCAAUAGUUAUAUUAAAGAUGGACCAAAAUUUACAUUUUCUAAAAAGAAAAGACAGACUCUAAAGAAGAAUCAUAACUAUAAUAUUAUGAAAUUCAAGCGAGCCUGGGAGUUAUGCCAAAGUAUUUAUAAUAAAAUUGAAUAUGUUUUUAAUACUAUGUAUAAAACGGAUCAUUAAUUAAAAUAAAUGAGAAUUGCUAUAUUGGCUCUUGUAGUUAUUUGUGCAUUAUGUGGUCAUAACAUGAGACAUAAGAAGAGGUAUGCCUUAUUAAAUAGACAAGCACUGUAGGAGAAGUUCAUGAUUUAAGCAAUAAUGUUGGAGUAAUAAGUUAAUAAGAAGUCUAAGUAUCACCACCUCUUACAAAAUAAUAAUUUUAAAUUAAUAAGGCAGCUAAAUCAACCACUCAUGCAAUUGAAUAAGCACUUAAGCAUUCAACAGAAACAACUUUACUUGAAGUUGAACAAUCUUUUAAUGAUGAUGUGAUUGACAAUAUUCCUUAUAUUGAAGAAACCAUCGAUUAAAUGUCAAGUGCAAAACCAGAAGAUGUCUAUUAAAAUGAUGGCAAUUCCCCAGAUAUGGGUUAAAGUGCUGAAAAUUUCAAUGGAUCGGAGGCUCCAAUGGCAUCUGAAGAUAAUUAAACUGCUCCAUAAGAUGAGUAUUAUGCUACAGAAACUCUUAUCACUAAUGAAGAUGUCUCGUUGAUUCAAUUAGGAGAAAUCGAUGCGCUUGCAGAUAUUGACACAAGCAUGCCCUUGUUUGAUGAAGACUUCAAAAUUGAUGAACAAGCACUUCAAGAAACCCCAUUGAAUGUUGGUAUCGAUGAUAUCCCUGAAGUUCAAGUUGACCCUACUUAAAAUGAGGAAAUAUCAGCUGAUUUGGAAAGACAAACUAAUGAAAUGGCUGAGGCCUUAAUGAAUGAUUAAGAUAUUAUGAUAAAUGAGGUUUAGCUCAUUUAAGUUGCUGAUAGAGGAUUCUAUUGA